UUCUUCACGAGUCAGUGCAGGCUCAACACUCUUUCACCGUCGUCGACCUUACAUUUUUGCACCUCCUACGAGCAUUACCAUGGCCGACCAGGGGGCGGAUAAGAAUGUUGAAUUAUGGAAGAUCAAGCGGCUCAUCAAGAGUUUGGAAGCGGCGAGAGGAAAUGGAACGAGUAUGAUUUCGCUUAUUAUUCCGCCAAAGGAUCAAAUCUCUCGGGUAGCAAAGAUGUUGGCGGAUGAAUACGGAACUGCCUCCAACAUCAAAUCCCGUGUGAACCGUCUCUCUGUCUUGUCAGCCAUCACUUCUACCCAACAACGUCUGAAGCUCUACUCCAAAGUCCCACCAAAUGGUCUCGUUGUAUACUGUGGAACUGUCGUGACAGACGAAGGAAAGGAAAAGAAGGUCAACAUUGACUUUGAGCCGUUUAAACCCAUCAACACAUCAUUAUACAUGUGUGACAACAAGUUCCAUACGGAGGCACUGUCAGAGUUGCUUGAGUCGGACCAAAAGUUUGGAUUUAUUGUCAUGGAUGGUCACGGAACACUGUUUGGGACUCUUGCUGGCAACACUCGUGAAAUCAUUCACAAGCUGCAAGUGGAUCUACCAAAGAAGCACGGACGUGGUGGUCAGUCUGCCCUUCGUUUUGCGCGUCUACGUGAAGAGAAGCGACACAAUUACGUUCGCAAAGUAGCCGAAUUGGCAGUCCAGUUCUUUAUUACGGCUGAUAAAGUGAAUGUGGCGGGAUUGGUCCUAGCGGGUUCGGCAGACUUUAAGACCGAUUUGUCCCAAUCCGAUUUACUUGAUCAGCGUCUGCAGGCCAAGAUUAUCAAGGUGGUGGAUGUGUCGUAUGGUGGAGAGAACGGGUUCAACCAAGCCAUCGAACUUUGCGGAGAAGUUUUACAAAAUGUAAAGUUCAUCCAAGAAAAGAAAUUGAUCCAACGAUACUUUGACGAAAUCUCGCAAGACACGGGCAAAUACUGUUUUGGUAUCGAUGAUACGUUAAAGGCCUUGGAUCUGGGUGCGGUGGAGAUAUUGAUUGUGUGGGAGGAUUUGGACGUGACACGAUAUGUUUUGAAGAACCCCCAGACAGGGGAGGAGAUUGUCAAGCAUUUGAACAAAGAGCAAGAGAAGAAUCAAGACAAUUUCCGGGAUGUGCCUACAGGCACGGAUUACGAAACAGUGGACAAGAUGCCGUUAUUGGAGUGGUUUACGGAAAAGUAUAAAGACUUUGGUGCAACCCUCGAGUACAUAACGAAUCGAUCACAGGAGGGAUCGCAAUUCGUGAAAGGAUUUGGUGGUAUUGGAGGACUGCUACGAUACAAGGUAGACUUCCAGCAACUCACCUACGACUCGGACGAUGAGUACCUCAGUGACUAGGCCAUGUCUCUGCACUGAAAGCUGGGAGCGGAGCAGGGGAGAGAUUAAAGGCAUAUCCGUUUUGAACAAGUUCCCCCUCUAUUGAUCACUGGACUCGUUGCGGAUCAUGCCCCACACGACUUUAGAUAUUCUGACCUGCCGUACUGUUCCUUUGUUCGUAGAGGGCAUUUCAGUUUGUCAGAACAUCCCUUCUCCCAUUCUGCGAUAUUUUUUGUGUUCUUCUUUUUUAUUUGGUCAUGUUGGGCUUUUUCUUUCAUCUUGUAGAAUUUGGUGCUUGCGUCUGUGAUUUUGGUUUGGGGUUGUUCAAUAUGAUCGGUUUUAAUAGCUAUAACGUGUCCAAUUUGGUAUCCUUGUGGUGUAUAAACGUCUAUUUGAAAUUGCGACGUUGUGUGAACAUUCAGCCCGUCCUUACACGGAGGGGAGCGCUUCAGGCAAAC